AUGGCCAUUAAACCUGAACAAUCCAGCUGUCGCUUCUCCAAGCGAAUCUCAUUCCGAUGGCUUACAACACCCGCCGAGGAAACAACCGAUACAAUCGUGAUGUCCGUGAAGGACUGGUACGUUGAUCUGCGGAUCGAAACCGCAACAGGAAAAAUAGACUGGGCAAUUGCCGGGCAGAGGAUUGUAGAGAGCCAGGAGCCUUUGCGGGUGACUUUCUCCCAUGAGCUUGACUCUCACAAUGCAUUUGAGACCAUUGACUGUGGGACCUUUGUCCCCUUGCCAAACGGCGAUGAUCUCGAGAUGGGGUCUAUGCCUCGCCAUGACCUCCCCGGCGCACCUGACAAGGAGUAUGAGGAGGUGUGGCGGGAGUUGCCAUUCAGAGAAGGCCCCGAGGGGCCUGCGAAAGGGCUUUCAUGGGUUCUGGAGUCAGAUGAUGGAGAUCUUGGCAGUGGAGAAGGGAAUGUGACUAUCCAGAAGACUUUUAUCGGUCGCAUUUGGGGAACGUAUUUGGCAUUGCACCAGACACAGACACAUACGCGACAGAAGACUCCAUCUGGUGAGCUAGUUGUGAAGAAAUCCGGCGCUGAUGUUACUGCUAGAAGGGAAGAGUGGGAACCGGGGUGGAAGGAGAAGUAUUUGGUUGGUGAAGCUGCGGGGUCUUUGCCUUCAAUGGUGGUCGGGUUUGAUGGAGAGGGCGAGGGACCUUGGAGAGUACCAGGGGAGAAGGUACAAGUUCAAGGAAAGACGUAUAUUGUUCGAGCUUUUGAGGAAAUCUAG